AAAAGGCAAAGAUCUGGGAUGGUUUUUUUUUUGUGAAAACUAGAAACCCGUAAGAGCUGCAUAGUUGCACAUGGGUGGGACUAAAGUGAGCAAACAGGAAAAGUCGCUGCUGACUGACGUCAGAGGUCAGACUUCAGCUUCUGCUCAGAGAAAGGAUCUGACGCUCGCUCACACUGAGAGCUGAAAUGGCGCAGCAACAAAUUUCACUGGACAGAAAAAAGUUUUGCUGUUGGAUCUGUGUGGAGCUGCUGAAGGAUCCGGUGACUAUCCCCUGUGGACACACCUACUGUCGGAGCUGUAUUCAGAGUUUCUGGGAUGAAGAGGAUCAGAAGAAAAUCCCCAGCUGUCCUCAGUGUAAACAGACCUUCAUACCGAGGUCUGUCCUGGUGAAAAACAACAUGUUAGCACAUUUAGCAGAGGAUCUGGAGAAGACUGGACUCCAAGAUGCUCCUGCUGAACCUGAAGAUGUGGCCUGUGACUUGUGCACUGGGAGAAAACUAAAAGCUCACAAGUUUUGUCUGAUAUGUUUGGCUUACUAUUGCAAGAAACACCUCCAGCCUCACUAUGAUGCAGGCUCUUUAAAGAAACACGAGUUGGUUGAACCCUGCGAGAAGCUUCAGGAGAACAUCUGCUCUCAUCAUGAUGAGGUGAUGAAGACUCAUGAGCGCUGUGUCUGUUAUCUUUGCUCUGUGGAUCACCAUGAAGGUCAUAACGCAGUGCCAGCUGUAGCAAAAAUGACUAAAAGGCAGAGAAAGCUGGAGGUGAGCCGAAAACAAAUCCAGCAGAGAAUAAAGGACACGGAUAAAAAGGUGAAGGCACUUCAGCAGGAAGUGGAGGCCAUCUAUCACUCUGCUGAUCAGGCAGUGGAGGACAAUGAGAAGAGGUUAACUCAGAUGAUCAGCCUGAUCGAGAAAAUAAGCUCUGACACACAGUGGCAGAUCAGAUCCCAGCAGAAAACUGAAGUCAGUCGAGUCAAAGAGCUUCAGGAGAAGUUGGAGCAGGAGAUCGCUGAGCUGAAGAAGAAAGAUGCUGAGCUGCAGCAGCUCUCAUCCACACAGGACUAAGUCCCACUUCUACAAAUUUCCCUCCAUUGCUGUGUCUUAGUGAUCAGUGAUCUGUGAGCUCAAAGACACUGGAGCAAGUUCACAAAUGACGGAUUAGAUCAUUUGUUUUGUCCUAUGAUUCUAACUAUGCAAAACUGGUUAAUUUGCAGUUAUUUGUGAUAAUAUUUUAGAUCUCUCUCUCUCUCUCUCUCUCUCU